AUGCUCAUGGUCUUCGUCCCGCUCAACCAGCAGGAGGCCGACGCCGAAGUCGAUGCGAACCUCGUCAAGGAGUUUGGCUGUGAUGCGGCCGAGGACAAGUAUGUCAACUCCUUCUGCGGGUGUGAGGGCUUCCAGCUCAUUGCCCGCUUUCACGAAGGCCGCACAGGCAUUGCGCACUUCUUCUCCCGCUGCUUCCUGGAGCUCGUCUUUGCAUACGCCCUCUACUUCAGCAUCGGCACCUUCCUCUUCCUCUGGCUCCUCGCCUUUAGGCCGUGGAAGCGACCUGCGCGGUCGACCCUUCGACUGAACGGCGGGAGUCAGCUCGCCACAGCCAUCUGCCGCAUCACAUGCUCCUUCCUCAUCGCCAUCAUCCCAGACACGCGCACCGUCGCCGACCUCUUUGCCUUCUCAGACGACGACCGUCUGCGCGUGCCGCCGGUGACAUCUGGCAGCGACGCCUUCAGGACAAUUGUGUGGAUCAUGAUCUUCAUCACCAUCCUCUUUACCUUUGUCAAACAGGCGCCUGUUCCGCUUGGCCUGCGCCAGUUUUCGGGCGUGUACCUGAUGUACCGCACCAUCUGGUUCUUCUACAACGUGGUGAAUGACGAGCAAAACGACCAGCGGCUGUACUUUGAGGGCAUCAGCUAUGCGUCCACGGUCAUCUUCUGCCUGCUCAUGCUGCUGCCGCUCAAAUUCCGCUCCCUGGAGCCCGUGGAGGGUCGCCUGGAGAUCCACGCCAAGAAGAAGGACGUGCUGCGCUGGCCCGGCCCAAAGGACAUCUGGCAGCUGCUUGGCACCAACGUCCGCCGCCUCCUCGCCGUCCUCUGCCUCCUUGUCGCCUGCGUGGAGGGCGUUGUUCGCGUGCUCACCUUCCAGCAGCUGGGUGUUGCCCUUGUGGCGUGCCUGCCGGCCCUGGCCACGUGCGACGCCGACAACUUUGUCAUCUACCACAGCGUGCCGCAACUGCCGGACAUUGAGCGCCUCAUUCCGUUUUUCACGCUCGCGCUCUCUGUCGCGUUUCUGCGCAGCUCCGUGCGCAUCCUGUCGACGUACACCAUGCAGAUGACCAUCAACCACCUCAAGGACGAGCUGUUUGGCCGUGCCCUGUCCUGCACCCGCAUCUACAUUCGCGGCGCAAAGGCCGACAUCAACCAGACCAUCCACUACUACCUCGACCGCGAGUUCCUCAAGACACUGCUGCAAAAGAUGCCCGAGGCGAUUGUUCCGGUGGUGUCGAUCAUCACGACUGUUGCCAUCCUGUUCAGCCUCUCGUGGCGGCUCUCCAUCAUCAUUUCGUCCAUCCUCGUCUUCUUCAUCAUGUUCACCAUCUGGCGCAACUACUACACCUCCAUCUGGCAGAAGCGCUACCUCGACAUGCGCGACAAGGAGCGCCACCUCACUGCGGAUGUGUUUGACGGAUUUGAGGCCGUGCAGUUCCUCGCACAGGAGAACCACGAGCGCAGCCGGCUGAAGAAGGUGCUGCGAGAAACGCUCAAGUCCGCCCGCGUGCUGUACGCCGUGGACAUCUUUGGCGACUUCACCGAAAGUCAGAUUCUGACGGCCGCCGUCAUGAUUGGUGUCGGUUAUGGCGCCACCCUCGUCAGCUCCAGUGACAGCUUUGGCUCGGAGGAACUUGCGCAGUAUGGUGUUAUCUCCUUCAACGCCAUCAACGCCAUCAAGCAGGUGACGGAGUUUGUGACGGAGGUGGGCAAGUCCAAGGCUGCCUCGGACCACGUGCUUCGUCUGCGUGAUGACACCUCCCAUGAUGCGCGCCUCGAUGCCAUUCCCCCGCCCAGGCCCGAGCCAAAGAUCGACAUCUCCCUCAAGAAC